AUGGACGAGCUCCGACAUAGUCUUCUCACCUACCCAGACUGGGGAUUUGUCAUCUAUCGCACUACCUACUCCGCUGAAUCAGAUACUCUAUUCCCAGACGCUAUUCGGUUUAUUGAGGGCUGUAUCAAGGAAGAAUUCUUCGCAGAAGCCGACCGACGUGCACCCAAUGAGCCAAGCGAAAUCUGGGCUAAACACCGAUCGACCAUCGUGCAAGAUCCUGCUCAAUUUGACGGGGCGUCCCUCGAGACAAUUCGCGCUCAUUUCGAGGCCUGGGUGGAAGCUCAAGGCCUGCGUGACUAUUGGACCACAUGGCGAAUGUGCAUGAUUAUCGAUGAAGAAUCUCUGCAGACUUUGAAAGGUGCACCAAUCGAGGCCCUUGAAGAUGGAACCCUAGACGACGCCGACAAAGAGCUUCGAUAUGUAAAGGUUCUUGAGGCAUUCCCAAUUGUGGAUAAGUAUGAUACAUUUCCGGGGUGGAUGAAAUGUUGGCCAUAUGUCCUUUUCGAUCUCUGGUCGAUGAUGGGAGAUGGUGACGAGAUGAGGGGGUCAUUUUGUCGCAUUGAUGAUCCUCCCCUUGAUGAUGAUGAAGAUUUUCCCUUUCCAGGAGUGUACUGCGGAUGA